ACUUUUUUAUUAAAAUAUAUCAUUAAGGCUAGAAAUUAAAAAACUGCUCAGCUAAUUAAAAAAUAAAACUAUAACAUAUAAUUGGUUAUAUAAUUUAUGAUAAAAAUAAAAUUUACCUAAACAUAUAAAAAUAUCUUACUUAUUGAACUAUAAAAAUUCUCUUAAACAUCUUACAUCAUUUUAAAUAAUUUUAUUUAUUUGCUUAAACAAAGAAAAGUCGAUAUAAAAGCCCAUCCGGCCCAUUUAUAAUUACGUAUCUCAUCAGAAGGCGAAUUUCACUGGGCCAUGGCUAUAUCGGGGUUUAUUUUCAUAUUAAUCUCAACCAACGGUGUCGUUUCAUAAAUUACAAAAUCUCCGGUGAAGUUCUCUGUGUGACCGUCUCCAGAAAGCUGCUUAAAACCUUUUUCUUCACCAUUGGCUCUCUCUCUGGAGAUCGCAAACGGCAGAGCUCGUCAGUCUCUACUCUCCCUCUCAUCUCCAAGUUUCUAGGGUUACAGUGAUUUCUAUAUCCUUUGGUGCUUCUUUUUUGACUACAACUAAGAUGGAUAUUGUCAAUAGAGAUAAUGAGCCAAUGGAAUGGUCCACUGUCCCUUACAACGCUCCUCAAGGACCUGUCUCCAACGGCAAGCAACGAACUUCGAGCUUGGAAGCGCCUAUUAUGCUUCUCAGUGGACACCAAAGUGCUAUCUACACCAUGCAGUUCAACCCUGCUGGCACCGUGAUCGCCUCCGGUUCCCACGACAGAGAGAUCUUCCUCUGGAGAGUUCACGGAGACUGCAAAAACUUCAUGGUUCUGAAAGGUCACAAGAACGCUAUCCUCGAUCUUCACUGGACCAGCGACGGUUUGCAGAUUGUGUCAGCCAGUCCUGACAAAACCCUUAGAGCGUGGGAUGUUGAAACGGGGAAGCAAGUCAAGAAGAUGGCUGAGCAUUCCUCGUUUGUGAACUCUUGCUGCCCUUCGCGUCGUGGGUUGCCUCUUAUAGUAAGUGGGUCUGAUGAUGGCACUGCUAAGCUCUGGGAUAUGCGUCAGAGAGGAGCUGUACAGACGUUUCCUGAUAAGUACCAGAUCACAGCCGUGAGUUUCUCUGAUGCUGCUGAUAAGAUAUUCACUGGGGGUGUGGAUAACGAUGUUAAAGUGUGGGACUUGAGGAAAGGUGAAGCGAUUAUGACACUUGAAGGUCAUCAAGAUACGAUAACUGGUAUGAGCUUAAGUCCAGACGGGUCUUACCUUCUCACUAAUGCUAUGGACUGUAAGCUCUGUGUUUGGGAUAUGCGUCCUUACGCUCCUCAGAACCGGUGUGUGAAGAUCUUUGAAGGGCAUCAGCAUAACUUUGAGAAGAACUUGUUGAAAUGUGCGUGGUCACCUGAUGGUAGUAAAGUCACAGCGGGCAGUGCGGAUCGAAUGGUUCAUAUAUGGGACACGACGUCUAGGAGGAUUCUGUAUAAGCUCCCGGGUCAUAAUGGGUCUGUUAAUGAGUGUGUCUUCCAUCCUCAUGAACCAAUCAUUGGAUCUUGCAGUAGUGAUAAACUGAUAUAUCUUGGUGAGAUCUGAGUUAAGUGGCCUAUUGAGUGUAGAAAGCUUGUUGUCUGGAGUAUUUUGUGGCUUGGAUUAAAGUAAGACAAUCAACCUUUGUAUCCAUUGAAAACAACUAGUUUUUCUCAGUAUUAUAAAUUGACAGAUACUAUGUGAAUUCAAUGAGUACAUUGAUGUUUCUAAAGAUUUGAUACAUUUGCUUUGUAGAUGUUUUUUUUUCUUGUUGGUGGGAUUAGUAAUUUUUAA